CAGCAUCGCCACCGCAUUAUCUCAUGUACGAAGAGGAGGGGACAGUGGCGGACCAGAAGAUCGAGGACAGUCGUAUAGCUCUCCUCGCUAACGGUGCCAAUACGAUGGACAGCGUCGGCGUCGGUAUUGGGAUCGGACUAGGCGGUACCACCACCACGUCCGCCGGCGCUGGACUCGCCAGUUACUGGCAGCACAGACGCACCCAGGACAUCGGAAACGCUGCCAAUACCGCAGCGGCUUAUUGGCCAUCAUUUUUGGAUUGCUGGACCACACCGUCCAUUGCAUCUAGCUCGGAGUCUCUAUUGGUCAGGGAUGAACAUGGAGGACAGUAAAGAACCCACGUUGGAGAAUCUGACUGAGAUCACCAUUUCCGGUAGACCUCAUCCUCAUGAUCCCCCAUAGUGGAUACUACCGUGUGGGACGAUGAACGCCACAGAGGACGGCGAUUGCGCUAUUUUUCAUUAUGAUACUUAUUGUGACUGUGAUGACUAUGAAUUCAGCGUCGCGUACGUGUAUCUACUUUGUAACCGGAAGUCGAGUCAAGGGCAGGAAGUAAACCUUGUGUCAUUAAUGCCGUAUCACGUGAUCCUGUACCGCCAACGUGAACGGACCCUGUCACCUGCGACUCCUGGCGAAGACUCUGACCAGAUGAUCACUGUACCAAGUGCGUGCAAUCUCGUGAAAGGAAUAACCAGAUGAGAAGGGACAACGUAGAACAACAAGGAAAACGCAAGGAGCACGUCGACGAUUUUCACCGGACAAUUUACUUACCUAUCGGAUACGACAUCGUCAAAGUGACGGAAGAGCUGGUAAACAGAGCAAGAUAUGGAUCUUCCUUAGAUCGCGUACUCAGAACUACCCUUGUAGAUACCUGUAUAGUAGACAUUAUACGGCACGUAAAUGUAUACCAAAUUGUUACGUUCUAACGGUAAUAAUAAAUAUUCAGCAAAAUACCAAAUCGUAGGCUGUAAGUAUUUCACGGAGGAGAAAGUCAAACGAAGGCAGGCACUUUUGCAUGGAUUGUGCGUCGUGUCGUGUACAGUACCUAUACGAUGAGCAGAGAUCGUUCUAUUGGUCUAGAAAUACCUUAUAAAUAUUAAUUAAUAUUAAUAAAUAAUUAACAAGCAUAUACGGUAUCUUUGCUAAUUACGGUACGCCCACGUUUCCUUUCCAUUGGCUCUAUGUAUAUGUCAGAUGUACAAGACUAUAUAUAUAUAUAUAUACAGAACACAGACCUACUGUAUAAGUAACUUUCACAGUACACCCAAUAGCAUUAUCAAAACCUUUUAUUUAAUGGGCAAUCGGAAGGGGACCGUGAGCGCACAGCAAUCCCAUAGAUUGGAAUAGUAGUAAGGUUAAGUGUAAGUAACGGCCGCUAUUUCGUAUGAAUCCACGAUGUCGUACAAAUGUUCGUCAAAUCACAUAUCCCGGUUUUGCGCGGUGGGUGAACCCAGAAUCCCAUUUCAUACCCAACCAUCUUCACUCACUAUGUGUACACGUUCCUACUCGGUGUAUGAUCGCCGAAGGGCACCGUUUGUAAUCUAGUCACAAUAAAAACCAAUUCUAUUCUAA